UGUUACGACGGCCGAGCUGACGUGUGAAGCCGACGUGUGAAAGGGCGGACGUGCUGUGUGGUGAUUGCGAGGCGUGUGCCGGGGUGUGCAGUAGUGUGCCGGCCACAGACACGGCCCACGGCCCACGCGAGCGACGCCACUUGGUUCGAACCGGCGCGGGAACGAGAGCAAGAUGGCGGCGGCUGCAGGGGACAGAUGGCGCUGCAGCGCUAGUCGGGCCUAGUAGCAACAGCGGCCGCCAUGCCAGGUGCCAAGUGGUUCACCAGUGCGAACAUGAUGUGGCACAACGUCGCGAGCUAGAUUAUUUUAGUGGCCGGCGCGGCGGCAAACCGUUUCGUGAUGUAAUUUUAUUCGCGUCGCUCUUCUCGUUCGUCGGAAAACGCCGUUAUUAUAUUUUUAAGGCACGAUACGGACUCGUGCAUCGCAACCGUCGAAAAAAAAAUCUCCGUUCGCUGGAAACGUUUAACGUGUAUUUUUUCCCCCCCGAGACUGUAUUCGCCGAGGAAACGAUAAGACGAUGAUGGAGCCCGGCAUGCUGUCGCCCGAGGUGGAGGAGCUGACGCUGUGCAACUUCUGCAAGCAGAAGUUCAACGACAGCGACAUGUGCCCCAAGUACCUCAGCUGCAAGCACUACUUCUGCCUCAAGUGCAUCCAGACGGCGCUGAUGAAGGGGCGCGAGCUGUACUGCGUGCACUGCUGGAAGCGCACGGAGCUCGGGGAGCAGGGCGCGGACGUGCUGCAGACGCACCAGCCCGUGCUGGCCCUGGCCAAGAGCCUGGGCCAGCUCAAGAUGGCCGCGGCGGGCGGCGGGGGAGGCAGCAAGCCCCCGGACAAGGAGCGCAAGGUGCUGCAGAGCGAGAACUGCCACACGCACGGCAUGCCGCUGGCGCUGUGGUGCCACAGCUGCUGCGUCGCCAUAUGCCGCGUGUGCGGCGGCCAGGAGCACCCGGGACACCAGAUCAAGUCCCAGGCAGACGCCAAGGAGCAGCUCGUCAACGAGGUCCAGAUGGAGCUGGUCGCCAUGGGCAAGAUGCUGACGGAGAUACAGCGCCUCGCCAUGCAGCAGCGAGACUUCCUCUUCAAGGUGGUGGAGGCGUGCGUGACGCUGAAGACGCGCGUGGAGACGGACCUGCAGAACGGCUGGAACCACAUCCCCGAGGUGACGGAGGCCCACGAGACGCUGGGCAAGGCGCGCAGCGGGCUGGGCGGCAUCGACUCGGCCGGCGACGCGCAGAUGCUGUGCGCGUCGCUGUCCGCCGAGAAGCAGAGGCUCCAGGGCAAGUACCAGGAGAUGUACCUGCAGUGCCAGCUGGACGACCUGAUCGGCAACUCGGGGGUGGUGUUCGACUUCCCGCUGCUGAAGCAGGCGCUGGCGACCAUCCACUCGACGGAGCCCGGGAUGCCCCAGGGCGCGGUGCAGCGCCCGCCCGUGCGCGUGGCCGCCGCCGCCGCCCAGAACCCCGUCCUCUUCCUCGCCAACUACUGCAUGUCGCAGCUCUACUCGCAGCACGUCCUCACCAAGCAGCACCACUUGCAGCAAAACGGCACUGUCGAGUACCACCCGCUGCAGCACCAGCACCACCCCCCUCCCCCGCCGCAGCCCGCGGCCGGCAAGCCCCCGCCCGCCCCGUACGCCCAGGAGGCGCGCGUGCAGUCCCCGCCCCAGGCCGUGGAGUCCCUGGGCGUGCGCGUGCCCGCCCCCGGCUACCCCCUCUACUACUUCAACGUCGACGUGAGCGGCAGCCCGCACGGCCGCAUCGUCAUCGAGGUGCGGCCCGAUGCGGCGCCGCGCAUGGCCAAGAACUUCGGCAUGCUGUGCGUCGGGGAGUACGGGCUGUGCUACAAGGGCUGCGCGGUGUUCCAGUGCUGGGAGGGCGAGUCGGUCAUCACGGGAGACUUCGAGCACAACAACGGGCGCGGCGGCCGCUCCAUCUACUCCGAGGGCUACUUCAUGCCCGACGACACCAAGUUCCCGGCGGUGCGCGGCGCCGUGGGCAUGCGCCGCACGCAGAAGCGCCACGACAACCUGGGCAUGGUGGGCUCCCAGUUCCGCAUCAUCCUGCAGGAGAUGCGGGGCUUCACGGGCAUCUUCGGCCACGUGGUGGAGGGGCUGGAGCUGGUCGAGAAGAUAUCCAAGUACGGGGACCAGACGGGCAAGCCCACCAAGAGCAUCGUCAUCUCCAAGUGCGGCAAGCUGUAAACCCCUUCCCCCGACACGGCUUCCGGUGUCCAUGUGUGUAACAAAAUAGAAGUUAUGGUUCACUUUGUCUUUAAUCUGUAGUGUGUGUAAAUAACGCGUGUUAUAGCCACGCGUCUCGCUUGCACGUAAGUACAACUCUUUAAGGUUUAAACAUAUUCUUGUAUCAAGAGAUCGGAAUGUUAUUGUGUUAGAGAGCUUUGCUAACAACUUUGUAUACUGUGCACCACUUCAAAAAAAAAAUUUACUAUCGGGUUAUGUAAUUUGUAACUUACGAUGUCGCCACAGUUGAUCUCAAAAGUACGGAAAGUAAAAAUUACAAGGCCUAAGUGUAGACGUAAAAUGGCUAACUAACAUUAUGUCUCGCAUUCUUGUACACGUCGUCGGUGUGUUUAGAAUUUUGCUAUAUCUUUCCCUCCAAAGCGAAAUGUUUUCUUUUGACGGUUAAUAAUCGAAGCGUAAAUGUAUCUCGUAUGUUUUUCAUCCACGUGACCGGAACAGUAAUCGUAAAUUGCAACGUUAAUUAUGCACUUGCAAUCUUGGUAGUCACUAAUCGAUGUGUAUCAACGUUAAGCGAGUAGCGUAGUGUUUUGGGCACUCUUUUUGUCGUCCUCGCCUCAUAUUUGUUCGAAAUGGUUGUCGUCGUCGGUAGGUUAUUUUAGAUGAUGAGAUGUCUCGUGGAUUUAUAAUUAUAAAACGUUUCAGAUGUGUAAUUGUACUUUCACUAUAAAUUGUCGUGUAUCGCUGGAGUAACUUUUCUAGACGUCGACCUACAGCUAGUAGUUGCUGAUCAUCUUGUGAGUAAAGAACUUUUAUUUGAUAUUUAUAUUUGAAGUGCAUCCGAGAAGUAAUUUUGUGCACCAAGCGUGCGUUGUGUUUCUUCACAUUUUCUAUUUAGAUUUUAGAGGGCAUAUUGAUAAAUGAUUAGUUUUGUGGUUUUUAGUGGAAGUUCUGUGGUUUUUUUUAUCAUCAUUUUCUUUUUGUGUUGCAAGUCUUGUAUUUAAUUUGGAGUAUUCCUCUGACCAACUAAGUAUAUCAACACUCGUCUUGUAUUUGAUGUAAACGUGUUGUGUGUGUUUCACAUGGAAAAUUGUGGAAUGAAGUGUGUGUGUUUGCUAGACAAGGUGUUCUAUUAGCAGGUGUUGUGACAUGUUUUUGUAGAAUGCAGCAGGAUGAGGUAACCCCAAAACUUUCACACCUGCAAUAUUUCUUUUUUACUUUUUUUUUUGUGUGUCAUGAUUAUUGUCAUCAUAUUUGGUUUCCAAUUUGUGCUUAGCUUGCUUGCUGAAGAACAGGCAACCUGCAAUGCCAGUGUAAAUAUUUUACUUAAAUGAUCAUGUGUGGAGUUUAAAAAACAUGUUCCAAUGACAUUAGCUAUCAGUUUGAAAAAGAAAAAAAACAAGCAGUUAUCUGCCCAGUUUUUUUUAUUUUCCCCAAGCUUUUAAGUGAGAAUCAGUAACCGAGAUGUGGUUGGUCCGUGUUCCCGGGUGCGUUUAAAGCUUUCCGUCAUGAGCACGCGCGUGCGGAGAACACAAGAAAUGGCUGCACACUUGUGAUUACUGACUAAUUGGCAACGUUGUCAAUCUCACACCGUCAGCAGAUUGACGUGCGUGAAGCUCUCCGUGAAUUUUUUGUUUCUUUUGUUCCCCCUCGAGAAAGCAAGUCGGGUAAUCACAACGCUUCGUGAAGCGCUGCGCGUCUUUCCUCGUAACCGAUAGCGCGAUGCAGUAUCUUGGUUCGCUGUUCCCCCGGACUUCAGGUUGCUUCUCUGCAGGAGUUAACGAACUCUGGUCAGUCAAAUCCGUCGGAAAACCAUCCUUGUUUGUGCCUUAUAAUCUUAGCUGCAAAUGCUUCCCUAGUUUUACGAACUCGGUGUUGCGUAUAACUCAAUGUGUAGUUCAUAGUAAACUUAAAAUCUUAAUGAUUAUUUUAUGAAGAAAAACAAAAAAAAAAAAAGCCUCGUUGAAAACAUCAUAAAAAAAAUAAAAAUAAAUUUGAAUACUUGACGAAAUUAAAUAAAAAAAAGUUGAAUUUUCUUGCUGCUAGUACUUAAAAAAGUAUAGGAAGUCUCUAUAUAGUCAGUUCAUCUGUGUUUCUGUGUGGGCAUUAGCGUAGUGUGCUAUAUAUAUAUACGAUGUCGUAUUAUUUUUACCAUGCUAGGGACACAUUCCACUGUCGCUAUGAAUAAACGGAAAUAAUUUCAAACCUGCGCGAAAGGCAGCGGUGAAGCCCCGACAGUCGCUGGCAGCGUCUUUGCCGAUAGCCGUAAAAAAAAAAAAAAUUGUUUCUUUGUGUGUAAAUUAUUUUACGAAGGUUACGAACCACGAAUUGGAAUACCUUUGCGAUGAUAUUGUUGCACUGAGGAAGUGCCUUAAGAAAAAUUUGUGAUAAAUUGUGUAGCACAUUUGAUGGAAAAAAAAUAUAAUGCUACUGGGGAAAAAUA